GAUGGGACGUUCUGAAUCUAAACGCGAAAGGGACUACAGCCCUGUAGAUGGUUCAAAGAGACGUCGGAGAAGUGCAUCUCGUUCGCGUUCUCGUUCGAAUACUUACAGUGCAAGUCCAUCGCCAAAACGUGAAGUUGUUUCAUCGAGACGAAGAGACGAUGACCGUCGUAGAAGCCGUUCUCGUGAUCGUUAUAGCCGAGAUUACGGACGUGACUAUGACCGUGAUUAUGGUCGUGACCGUUAUGGUGGUGGUGGCGGCGGUUACCGACGAACUCAUCGUUAUGCUGAUGGACGGGACAAUCCCGAGCCUGGUCCGUGCCUUGGUGUUUUUGGAAUGAGUCUGCAUACAAGCGAACGUGAUUUGCGUAAACUUUUUGGCGAAUACGGUGAGAUUGAGUCCGUUCAGAUUGUUUACGAUCGAUUCUCCGGACGUUCACGUGGUUUCGGAUUUGUUUACUUUACGAGCACUAAGGAUGCCACACGCGCAAAAGAUCAUUUAAUGGACACAGUUAUUGAUGGAAUGAAAGUUCGCGUUGAUUAUUCUGUCACUCGUGGAGGAGGACCUUAUAAGGAGAAAAAAUCUGAAUUCUUCAGUCGUCACAAUCGCAAAGGUUCGCGAAGUCCUGUUCGCUAUAAUAGUCGCAGUCGCAGCCGUUCUUAA